CAAGGCACAGGAAAACAACAACAACAAGAAUCACACCGCUGAAACGGGUUUGAAAAAGUGGACUUUGCUUAAAAGUCAUAUUUUGUUUACCAUGACCGACGAAAAUAAUCUUGAACCUGACCGCAAAGCUAAUGAAGACGAUCUUUACACCUUUUUGAAUCUUCCUAGAGAUGCAACACCCGAGCAAAUACAACAAGCCUAUCGACAUUUUAGUAGAAUAUAUCAUCCAGACAAGCACACUGACCCAGCAAGCAAGAAAGAUGCCGAGACAUUAUUUCAGAAAACCAAAUAUGCAUAUGAAGUGCUUAUUGAUGAGGUGCAGAGGGCGAUAUAUGAUAAUUAUGGUCUGAAAAGCCUAGAGGAAAUGAAACAUGGCGACCAAUGGGCUGUUGUUCAGAGAACUAUGACACCUCAAGAAAUUAGAGAGGAGUAUGAGAGAAUAGCACGUGAACAAGAACAACGGCAGAUGUACCUCCAAACCAGACCAAAGGGACUUGUAAAAGUACGAGUUAAUGCUACAGAUCUCUUUGAUAGUUACCCUUAUGAUGUAGAUACUGAUGAGAAGAUGUUUGGUGACAGAACAAUAGACAAGUGGAGAACAGUAGAGGUUUCUGGAAUGUCCUUUUAUCAGUAUAUUGAAGCACCUCUCACAACCCGUAAUAUUCUAUCACUAUCAGGAGAACUUUCCACCCAAAAUGGAACAGGCUCUGGUGUCUUAUCACUUAGUAUUCGCAGGCUUUUGUCAAAUAGAGGUCGCAUAGCAUUCACAGUUGAUGUUGGUAAUGGACCAGUGUAUUCCUUCAGUGGGUAUAGUACCUUUGCAAAAUACUACUUUUGUGACUAUGGACUAGGAUUUCAUUUGGAUCCUGAAGGAAUUGGACUCAACUUACAUUCAGCUGUUGGUUUGAAGCUGGAUGAUCAUCUAACAGGCCUUUUAGUAUUUAAAGGGGAACGUGGCUAUUCCUCUUUGAGCACUAUUUUGCAAUAUCAGAGUGAAAAACUUUCUCUAUCGUUAGGAGUUCAGUUUGGCAUCCCAGAUACCAAUGUUAACAUGAGCUACUCCCGAAGCAUCAUUGAUGACUCAUUUCGCCUUAAGUUUGGAGCAAGAUUUGGCACUUUAGGAGCUCGGAUAUCGUAUGGUGCACAAAAACAAGUUACAGAUCACAGCACUGUAGGUGCUACAGUCACAGUUGGUGUGCCUCAUGGUGUUUCACUCACUUUGAAACUCACUAGAGCAGAUCAGACCUACCUCUUACCAGUUCAAAUGUGUGAAGAUAUUUUGCCUGCCCCUGUGUUUUAUUCAUCAAUAUUACCUAUAGUUGGGUGGAUUGUAAUAAAAAAAUUCCUAGUGGACCCUAUGGUACGCAGUCAGGCAGAAAAGGACAAAGAGAAACAAUACAGAUUGAGAAAGAAACAAAUGGAGCAAAAACAAAAAGAAGCAGAGGCAGCUGUAAAUCUGAUGCGGGCUCAGUUUGAAAGGAUUCGUUUGGAAGAAGAAGGAAGAAGAGGGUUGGUCAUUGUGGAGGCAAAGUAUGGAAGAAUUAUUGCUAGCGGUGAUAGAGCUGAUAGUUUGGACCAAUCUGAAGUUAUUGACGUAACUGUACCAAUGCAGUGUCUUGUGAAAGAUUCCAAACUUAUUUUGCAUGAACCCUCUAAGAGUCAGCUUCCUGGGUUUUAUGAUCCUUGUGUUGGUGAAGACAAACAGUUGUGGGUGCAGUACCUUUUCCACAAUAAUGCUCAUGAAGUUACAGUGAAGGAUAGUGAAAAUUUGAGGAUACCGAAGACUUCUCAUCGUGUUAAUAAAUCUUGAUGCUGCUAAUGGAAGGCCACUUGGCAGUUUUUAGUGUUUCAACCCUGGAUGUUAGCAGGUAAUUAUUUAAGGCUGAUGCAUCAAGUAGAUAGAUCAAUCUAUUGUAAUUGUGAUCAUUACAAUCGUGCAAAACUUCAGAGACCAGAUCAUCCAAACAAUUCUUUCGUCAUACUGGGUUUGAACUACUCCAAAUCUAGUCCCUUACCAACCAUUCAUGUUGGUCUAUAACCAUUAAUAGUGGGUGGUAUUUAGCUGUCUGUAUAACCCAUUGUUUUAAUGUGGUGUAGAGUAAAAUUGUAGGCGCAAAUUUAUGCAGUUAUCCAGUUAAAGGCUGUGAACUGUAUUUCUUAAAGCCACCACAGGAAGUCAACUGUGUGCAUUGAAUUGUUGUUGAAUGAUGUACAUCUUCCUAUCAUGUGGAUUACAUGUUGUUGUUAUGUUUGAAUACAUUGCUUCCAAAACAUGA